ACUCACUCACUCACCUUCUCAAUUUAACCCUAUUUCCAAAUGAUACCUUUUCGCAGGCUGAAUAAAAAUUCCAUAGUCGCGGCAGCAGCUCCCAUUUACAAUGCCUUUUUUAGCACCCAAAUUCCAUCCUCCGCCCAUUACGACGACUUGAUCAACGCCGCCGGCAAACAAGGAGACUUCGCGUCUGUGCGCCACCUCCUCUCCAAGCGAUUGAGCCAAGGAUGCCUCAACACCAACAAAACAUUCAAGUUCAUCGCCACAGAUGUAUCCGUACUCGACGAUCUCUUGCUAAAUCUCGCCGCCAUCGACGAUUGGUUUGUCAAAAAACACGCGCACGACUCGUUGGUGGCUCAACUCGCCAAUCUGCACCGUACGGCAGAGGCCCUGCGCGUGGCGGAGAUCAUGGGGAGAAAGAACUACGGCGCCACGGCGGCGACAUUCAACCCAGUACUCAACGCCCUGGCGAAAAAGAAGGAUAUGCUAGCCGCUUGGCGCGUGGUCGAUGCGAUGCGCGCGUGCAAUGUCAAGCCCAAUAUAACGUCGUUCAACUACAUUCUGACGGCGUACUGCUUCACAGGUGAUGUGGCGUCGGCCGCCGACACGUUGGUGAAAAUGGAAGAGGAAGGGAUGAAGGCCGACGCGAUUACGUACGACGCCCUGGUGCUCGGCGCGUGCAGGGCGGGGAAGGUGGAAGGGGCAGUGGCGGUGAUGCGGAGGAUGGUGGAUGAUGGUGUGGUGGCUCUGUUUUCCACCCAUGGCCACAUUUUAAAGGAGAUGGUUGGGUGUGGAUAUUAUGCGGCCGCCGUGGAUUACGUGAGGAUGUACGCCGGUGGAGAUGAAAAAUUGGAUGCCGAGAAUUUCGGGUAUCUUGCGAGGCGAUUGAAGUAUGUGAAAAGAAUUGAAGAGGCGGGGUCUGUGGUAGUGGAGAUGGAGAAAAGGGGUAUACAAAUUGAUGAUGGAUUGAAGGAUUUAUCGCCAAGUUUCCUUUUAAGAGAUACUGGAAACUAAUUUUAUGUAUUUCUCUGAUAUAAGGGAG